AUGGGCCCUUCUCGCCAGCUGUGCUUGUCGAGUCUUGAAACGGCAUUCAUGGAGAAGAGAGUAAAAGAGGCCUUUUCGAAACCGCCCCAAGUGUCCGUCCGAUCUCCUUACGUCGGCUGGUUCAGGGUGCCAUUGCAGUUUCGUAUCGACUCUAUCGUAUGCUCUCGGGCGCUCGGAUUGGUUAGGAUUAGCGCCGACAUCGAUGCCGUAACUGCCGAUGAUGGGAUUGAAUGCAAGAGUCAUCAGCAAGCCCGUCCAAGAUCCCAAAGAGGCAAGGAGGAGCCAUCGAAGACAUUCUUGUCAAUGGAGAAGUUCCCGUCGAUCCAGGUUAUCGUUUCAGGUUGA